GUGAUGUGAUCAACACGCACUGAUGUUUUUGUGUGUCCGUUUUCGUGUUUUACAUAUUUUUCUAAUUCCGCAUAUUUGUUUGUGAAAGAUGGAUAAAUGUAGUGAAUAAUAGGUUAAAAAAGCCAGUGAUUCCUCGAUUCUGCGUUUUUUCGCAAAGCUUAGUACCCAUUAAGAUAUUGUUCAAAUGAUUUAUCUGUUACUACAUGCGACAGGAAGCCUGAAGAACCAUCAACAUAACUGAAAUUUGUCAUUUUACACCCGUGUGUCAAUGGCAGAUCAGAAUAAGUUCCCCAGGCUAUCGCUGCAGUCAAAAAACCUGCAGUGCAAGAAUUUGCAUGACUAUCUAAAAACGCUGCAGUCAGGCACACUUGAAAAGCUAUACAAUCACCCAACAACAUGCCUUGCUGUUUACAGAGAGCUACCGGAAAUUGCGAGACACUAUGUAAUCCGGAUCUUGUUUGUGGAACAGCCAGUGCCUCAAGCAGUGGUUGCAUCGUGGGUGUCACAAGCGUAUGCAAAAGAACAUGCUCAAGUAUCUGAGGUGCUGACGAGUCUCCAUGUCUGGCAAGAGGCAGCUAUUCCUGGUGGGUUGCCUGGUUGGAUCCUGAAUACAACUUUCAAAAAGUAUCUCAAAGUUGCACUUCUAGGAGGAGGUCGGCCAUGGAGCAUGUCUUCAACAUUGGAGGCUGAUAGCAAACCACGAGACAUUCCGUACCUGGAUAGUUAUGCAAAUGAACGAUGGGAAUGUGUCCUACACUACAUGGUGGGAUCACAACAACAGGAAGGGAUUUCUGCUGAUGCUGUGCGCAUUCUUUUGCAUGCUGGUCUGAUGAAGAGAGAUGAAGCCGAUGGGAGCCCUGUUAUAACAAGAGAUGGAUUUCAGUUCCUGUUACUGGACACUGCAUCACAAGUCUGGUACUUUAUACUGCAGUACUUGGACACUGUUGAAACUCGUGGAUUGGACUUAGUCGAUUGCUUGACCUUUCUUUUCCAACUCAGCUUCAGUACCAUGGGUAAGGAUUACAGUACAGAAGGCAUGAGUGAAGGUCUGUUGGUAUUCUUACAGCACCUCCGAGAAUUUGGCCUUGUCUACCAACGAAAACGCAAAGCUGGUCGAUUCUAUCCAACGCGAUUGGCACUCAAUCUCGCAUCUGGCCAAAGCAAGAUAUUGACAGAGGCUGCGGCUGAAGGCUACAUUGUUGUUGAAACAAAUUAUCGUGUAUAUGCAUACACCAGUUCCAAUUUACAAGUGGCACUUGUUGGCCUCUUUUGUGAACUUUUAUACAGGUUCCCAAAUUUGGCUGUGGGCAUACUGACUCGAGACUCAGUCCGUCAGGCUUUACGUUCAGGCAUCACAGCUGAUCAGAUAAUUGGAUUUCUUAGGUUGCAUGCCCACCCUCGCAUGAUUGCAGCAGGGCCGCCAACACUUCCUCCUACAAUUGUUGAUCAGAUAAAAUUGUGGGAGAAUGAGCGGAAUCGUUUCAGUUACACAGAGGGUGUACUUUACAGCCAGUUUCUUUCCCAAGCAGAUUAUGAAGUGGUGCGUGAUCACGCACAAGAGUUAGGAGUGUUAAUAUGGAGUAGUACUGCAAGAAGGACUAUUAUUGUCACAAGAGUGGGACAUGAUGAUGUGAAAAAAUUCUGGAAACGGUACUCUAAAGGUGGUGGGUGAAAUAAGUACUGAAAAUAUGCUUCAGUCACUCGCAUCCUCAUAAUUUAGUGGUAAUGAGAAAUUAAAAAAUGUUCUCAAACUGCCAAAAAAACCAAUCAAUCAUUGUUAUCUGAAAUACGAAGUUGCUGGAACAUUGUCUUGUACUUGUUUGUUAUUGUCAUAUGCAGUGCAUAAAAGUGUGAAAACAGAGUUAACAAUUAUGAUGUAAAUGGUGAUUCUCUA